CCCUAACAAUUACAAUUUUUAACAUUUAUUUAUUAUAAUAUAAUGUUAUCUUUUAUUGCUCGAUAAUGAAAUCAAACAUCCUGUUGAUAAAGCACGUGAUAAAUAAUUGUCGAUUACAUAGGUUAUUUUUUAACGAAUAAACAGUUUUAAAAUCAGAUCCCAUACAUUUUAACUUGUAUAUAAUUAAAAAUUAUUAAGUAUAAUUGAAUUAUUAACAUGUAGAUUCACUUAAUACUUAUAUAAUUGAUUCUAUUUGAUGAUAUCCUGCAGACAUAAUAGAUAUAUAAUUGGAUUAACUAGCAAUGCAUUUAAUAUCCUACCGAGAUUGUUAUUGAUGCUGUAACAAACUUUUAAUAAACCAAUCAUAACUACAUGAAAAAUGUCUAGCAGUCUUCUUCCUGCUUUGCCUCGUAUUUGUGGUGUUUGUCAUUGUCGUUAUGAAGAACCUCGGAUUCUUCCCUGUUUACACACAUUUUGUACAAAUUGUUUGAAAAGUUUAGAACCUUUCUCUCCUGAGAUUAAUUUUGCUGAUUCUUCAGAUAAUCUGAGUUUGAUUUUAUCUCAGAGUAGUGUGCAUGGAUCUGCUUCAGGUUAUGAAUCGGAAAAAUCCAGUCUGGUAUCCACGUCUAGUUUGAGGUUAAACAGAAAAGAAAAAUGUGAUAUAUUUUUAUGUCCCACAUGCAGUAAACGUGUGGAAAUGCCUAGAGAAGGUGUGAAAAAAUUGCCUUUAAAUUAUAUGUUGUUACACGAAAUGAUUGUGGAUACAAUGAAUUUGGAUCCUAACACAGUGUUUUGUGAUCUCUGUACAUCUGAAACUAUUGCAAAUGAUCAUUGUACGGAUUGUUUACUUAAUCUUUGUAAUUUUUGUUCAGAAGCUCACAACAGGCAGAAGAAAACCUAUAAUCAUAAAGUGAUAGCUCUUGAAGAAGCAAUAAAGCAAGGAAUUUGUAUUUCACGUAAACCAGUAUUGUGCUUAAUCCAUCCAACUGAAGAAAUUCAUUAUUUUUGUACAUCUUGUUUAGAAGUAUUGUGUAAUAGCUGUAGUGUAAUUCAUAAUCAGAAUCAUAAAUUUGAUACUAUUAAAAAUACUGCUGAAAAGCAAAUAAAUAUUCUAGAAGCACUUAUUUCACAAACAAGAUCCAAUAUUGAACUUCUUUCUAAAUCUAUUGAAAAGAUUCAAGACACAAAUGUAAAACUAAAAAUUCGAGUUACAAAUAUAACAGAAGAAGUAAAUAAAUUCAUUGAUGGCUAUAUGAUAGCAUUAGAAAUGCAUCGGCAACAUUUACUGAGACAAAUUCAAAGAGUUUAUGUUGGACGGCAAAGAGUGCUGCGACUCCAGCGUAUGAAUGUUGAACGAGUUUUAGAAGAUUUAAACAAUUGGGAAAUUUUUGUGAAUAAACUAAUAAAUGAAGGAACAAAUUCAGAAAUUUUGAGUAUAUUUAGUUUGGUCACACAGUGUUUGAAGGAUAUUGCUCGAACAAAAGUACCGUUGGAACCACGCACAAAUGAGAAAAUAGAAUUUAUACCUAGAGAAUUAGGAGGUGUUGUUGAUGGAUAUAUGCUUCAAGGACAAUUGUUGCUUCAAGCAGUGAGUCCACAUCAUUGUUUGCUCAAAGGAAAUGGUUUACAAGUAGCAAGGCAAGAUCAUUUAUCUCGCCUUCUGUUAGUUGUGCGAGAUGUUAAUUCUCAGCCAGUGAUAAGAGGAUGUGAUGAUGUUUCUGCUAAAUUAGUUUCAAAAGAUGAUGAGAAAAAGCAAAUACCAGUUACUAUUACAGAUAGAAAAGAUGGUUCUUAUGUUUUAACAUUUAGUCCUGAUACUCAUGGACAAUAUUUUUUUCAUGUACAGAUUGGUGGAAAUCAUAUAAAGGGAAGUCCUUUUCUAGUGAAUAUCAAACCACCAUGGCGUAAACAUUUUGGAAUAUAUCAUUGUUGUACAUUUUGUUCUAGCAAUGGGAAUAAGGAAGCUCAAUGUGCUUGUGGUGGAACUAUUCCAGGAGGAUUUAAAGGAUGUGGUCAUGGUCAUGUGGGACAUCCAGGAGGUUAUCAUUGGAGUUGCUGUGGUAAAAUGUCUGAAAACUCUGAAUGUGCAAGAACCGAUCAUAAAAUUUAUGAAUGCACCCUUUAAUUUUUUAUUAAUUAGAUAUUUUUUGUUUGUUUGCAUUAAAAAGUUGCCAUUAAAUUUAUUGUAUUAUAUAAUAUAAUUAUUAAAAAUACAAUAGCAUGAAAAAGCUUUUUCUAUUUUUGAAAUACAAUGAUAUAAAGUAAUAGUGGUAGUAUAUGUAUUAUAAAAAUUAGUAAUGUUUUGGAAAUUUCAUAAAUAGAAACAGAAAGUUCCUUUUAAAUGUACUUUACUCUCCAUUACAAAAAUCAUUCACUUGAAAGUUUUUUCAAGAUAAAAUAUUAAUGUAAGAAAAAUGAAUUAGUGAUAAUAUAGAAAUAUUCAUUUGUAAUUUUCAAAUUUUUCUAUUGGUAGCUAGUAAUAGAAAUAAUCUACAGUGGUACCUCAGGAUACGAAAUUAAUCCGUUCCGAAACUGAGAUCGUAUCAUGAAAAUGUCGUAAGGUGGAUCAACUUUUCCCAUACGAUUACAUGUAAAACCAAAUAAUUCGUUCCA